AUAUAGUAGUCUUGCCCAAAACACAAACAGAGAAAGCUAAGAAAACUCAAAAGGCGGUGGUGAGUACUGGUGAGAGUGUGAGUGAAAAAACAAAAAAAACAAUUCAACUGCAAAAAUGAGUUCCGGAAUCGGAAGUUUAGUGAAGGUCAUCUUUAAGAACUUCGAUGUCAUCGCUGGACCUGUGAUUAGCUUGGUUUAUCCUCUAUAUGCAUCAGUGAGGGCAAUAGAGUCGAGGAGUCAUGGAGACGACAAGCAAUGGUUGACGUAUUGGGCUCUCUAUUCACUUAUCAAACUCUUUGAGCUCACUUUUUUCAGACUCCUCGAAUGGAUCCCAUUAUAUCCAUACGCAAAGCUAGCCCUAACUAGUUGGUUGGUCUUACCGGGCAUGAACGGUGCUGCUUAUCUCUACGAGCACUAUGUGCGUUCAUUCCUUUUAAGCCCACAUACUGUUAACGUAUGGUACGUGCCAGCCAAGAAGGAUGACGACUUGGGAGCAACCGCUGGCAAAUUUACUCCAGUAAAUGAUUCCGGUGCGCCUCAGGAAAAGAUUGUGAGCUCGGUGGAUACAUCAGCAAAAUAUGUUGGUCAUUCGGCUUUUGAUGACGCCUAUAUCUACUAGGCUAGUAGCUAGUAAACUACUUCCGGCUAGUUGUAGCUGAGCAUCCUGAUCUUAGUGUAUCGAAAUACUUGUUUUCUCCUCUUUUUCUUUGUUUUCGGGUUUUAUGAAGUUUGUUGUUACUGCUAAGGAAUUUUAAUAUCAAAAUAAAUGUUAAUUGAGUGAGUUAUAUAAUUAUGUAAUAAAAUCUGAGCACAAAAAUAAUAGUGAACUAAAA